ACAGAGAGAGAAUGUGAAGAAAAAUGUCUGGCCGCGGAAAGGGAGGAAAGGGGCUCGGGAAAGGAGGCGCCAAGCGUCACCGCAAAGUUCUCCGUGAUAACAUCCAGGGCAUCACCAAGCCCGCCAUCCGCCGCCUGGCUCGCCGUGGCGGCGUCAAGCGUAUCUCCGGUCUCAUCUACGAGGAGACCCGCGGGGUGCUCAAGGUUUUCCUGGAGAACGUCAUCCGCGACGCCGUCACCUACACCGAGCACGCCAAGAGGAAGACCGUCACUGCCAUGGACGUGGUGUACGCGCUCAAGAGGCAGGGCCGCACUCUCUACGGCUUCGGAGGCUAAACUGGACCCACUGACACUGGCAAACGACACAAAGGCUCUUUUAAGAGCCACCCACAGUGCAUACAAGAGCUGCUUCCUCUUUGUCCGUUCAUGCCUGCUUUAGUCGCUGCUGUCAGUAAACGUUCAUUACUCUGUCAUUUAUGAUAUCACAUAAACACGAUGUGUGAUCUCACGA